AUGGUUAGAGAUGUCAUAUUCUGGAUGGAUAAAUAUCCCGAUGUAGUUGUUCUAACACUCCAACUAUAUAGCAUUUGUCACGCCAUAUUCUGCAUCAUUGCUGCAUAUGGUGCCUAUAAACUCAAAAGAUUUUUUGUGGUGCCCCUUGCCAUUUUGGAGUCUGUGUAUAUUGUGCAGAUCAUAACGCUUUUUAUACUUUUCUUGCGGAUUGUCAGACAUUUUUUAAGCCUUGGAAAAUUGAUACUGCUGACCCUUUCAGCAACUGCCUAUUCAUUUCUCACUGUUUAUGACUUGUUCGCUCUGGUUGCUUUCGAGCAAAUCAUUGCACUUGUGAGAAGUAAACGUUAUCAGCAGCUUUAUGGCUCGGACCCAUUUAAUCCCAUACUCAACCAUAACACAGAACAGCAACUGAAGGAGCAUCCCACUAUUGUUUAUGUAAUGCCCAAGGCGAAUGCAAAUUUGCCAAAAUGGUGGCAAGUGGAUAGCUUGCAGCAUAAUAAUAGGGAAAAUAUUAUGUUGCAUGAUGCACACAGAUAUUUUUAA